AUGAUGGAUCACAAGUACGUCACGCGGUUAGACACGCUCUUAAUAAAACACUGGAUGGAAGAACAGUGCUGUAGUUUGGCAUUUAGCGGCCCGGGUGUAAACCUUUCGCAAUGGGUGGAGGGGCCGAAGAGAAGGAAGAAGAGUUCUCCCGGUUUGAAGAGACUCUUGAAGACAAAGAGGAAGACGAAAGAUUUGGAUCAGAUUGAUAAUGACCUCAAAGAAGAAAAUAUUCAUAAAUUACUACACCAAGAGGUUGACCCAGACUUGCCCGGAGAUGCUCAGCAUUACUGUGUCCACUGCGCGCGUUACUUUAUAAACCGUGAAGCACUGAAAGGCCAUUUCAAAUCGAAACCUCACAAGAAGCGCUUGAAGUCACUAGAGUUAGAACCCUACACCAUAGAAGAAUCAGAAAGAGCAGGUGGCUUGGGGUCAUAUAUCCCCCCAAAGAAACGGAAGAUUGAAACGCAACCCAUGGAUGAUGAAACUUUCAAUCCUGCUAAGGAAGAUGUUGAUAUGAAGUAAUGGUUUGAUUCUGAUAAUGUUCAUGUUUUGAAGAAGUGGGUAAUACAUUCUAGUAUAUCAUAUUCAUGUUUUUGAUAUGCCAUAUUUGGUAUUGGGAAUAUUAAACAAAAGGGAAAUAUUGAUAGCCUGUGAGUUAAAUAUUUUCUGGGAUAUUGUAUUCCAAAUGUAACACAAGCAAAGUCAUAUAUGAGAAUUUAAUUUGUGGGCUAAAUGUGAGUAACAUUUACUCAUUUCACUGUUUUGCAGAUCUAGAUUUAUUGUUCUCUAUUACUUUUCUUUGAAAAUAAAUUAAUAUUCAAA